AUGACUGGCCACCACAGUUGGGGAUAUGGGCAGGCUGACGGCCCUGCUGAGUGGCACAAAGCUUACCCCAUUGCCCAGGGGAACCGCCAGUCCCCCAUCGACAUCGACUCUGCACGGGCAGUGUAUGACCCCAGCCUGCAGCCGCUCAUCAUCUCCUACGAGUGCUGCACCUCCCUCAGCAUCUCCAACACGGGCCACUCCGUCAUGGUGGAGUUUGAGGACACUGAUGACAGGGCAGCAAUCAGUGGAGGGCCCUUUCAGAAUCCAUUCCGGCUAAAGCAGUUCCACUUCCACUGGGGCACCACACACAGCCAGGGAUCAGAGCACACCAUUGAUGGAAAACCUUUUCCUUGUGAGCUUCACUUAGUACAUUGGAAUGCCAGAAAAUAUGCAACAUUUGGAGAGGCAGCAGCAGCUCCAGAUGGCUUGGCAGUAGUUGGUGUUUUCUUGGAGAUUGGAAAGGAACAUGCCAGUAUGAACAGACUCACUGAUGCUUUAUACAUGGUAAAAUUUAAAGGAACAAAAGCUCAGUUUAGAGGCUUCAAUCCUAAAUGUCUCCUGCCCUUGAGUCUAGAUUAUUGGACGUACCUCGGUUCUCUGACAACCCCACCCCUUAAUGAGAGUGUGACAUGGAUAGUGCUGAAAGAGCCCAUAAGAAUCUCUGUGAAACAGCUGGAGAAAUUCCGCAUGCUGCUCUUCACCGGUGAGGAAGACCAGAGGAUCCAAAUGGCCAAUAACUUUCGCCCCCCUCAGCCUCUGAAGGGGAGAAUUGUUCGAGCUUCCUUCAAGGCCUGA